CCGAUAGAAAUCGAGAGAAACUCGAAGAGUGGCGCGGCUUUCGGUUAUCCAACGGGUAGAGACAGUUGUGAUCGAUUUAAAUUUUGAGAUCGCUCGCUAGAUGGAAAGAGUGUGACAUUCCGUUCGAUGAAUUCGAACAAUCUUUUUUAAAUGUCGACAUUCUUGACACGACCGCCCGUAACGUCGUGCAACUUUGAUGUCGCAUGCCCAUUUAUUUUCAGUUUCUUACGCCAGAGUACUUAUUGUUCGAAAUUCGUGUCAAGAAGAUAGCGAUUACUAUUCGCAAUCAUUAUCACCCGUUUUAUUUCCAAUGCCAACAAUUAAGGAAAGGAUCGCAUAAUCGUUACGAAGAUCGCAUAUACCUUACGUGUCCGGCUAUUACUUUGCUUCGUUACUUGUUCUACGAUAUUCGGAGCCUGAUCGUUUGAAAUAGAGCGGAUUCCUGAGAACAGCGCAGCGCUACGCCGGGCCUUGCAACGAUCAUUUUCUCUUUCUCUUGGCUGUGGUGUGUAUCAUCGACGACGUCCUCGUCCCCGUCAACGAGUAUCGUCUUCAGGACAACCCGAAGAGAUAUCUUCUCGCUUGACUCGGCCAACAGGAUAAUUAGCUUUCUGACCUAGCCGAAUCGAGGAUAUGACAAACACCGACGAAGACGUAGCACGACACGAUUAACACACCCGACCCGAUAAAAUAGCGUUCCUAGCGCGCGACAAACGUUAAUCGGAUAGACAAGAGAAUCACCGGGACAGCUGCUCCCACGUUUUGGAUAUCGCUGCUCUGAUUCCUGUUCUUUGUCGUUGGGGCACAGUCGACGAGAGGAUCCACGCAGGAUCGUCGAGAUCGGCUGGAUCAACGGAUAUGUCUGCUGUCGAAAGCGCCUUGGACGUACUCUCCAGGGCGGCCACGAUGGUCCAAGAGGAAAGGCCAAAGGCGUCAAACCUCCACCGGAAGCCAAGCAGCGCGUGGCGCAAGGACCGUAGGAGAGAUCCUAUCCAGAGCGAGGCUCUCGACAUGUCAGCAGCCAGGGUACAUCAUCAUCAUCGUCACACCAGGCCUAGCGUGAUCGUGCCUACCACGCCGCAGCCUGGGACCACGAUUGAGGACACCGCGGGAACACCUACUCCAACCCUCACACCCUCCGCAGCUGCGGGAGGUCAGAGGACCGGGGUGAGAACUGUGGGAGGGGUAAGCGAUCCUGCAAUAGAUGAACACUUUAAACGAUCACUGGGACUGGAGGAGUACGCCGCUGUCUUCAAUGCAGCCACCACCGACAAGGAAGCUGGCCUCAGCGUGGACGAUCAUUUCGCAAAGGCGCUGGGCGAGACCUGGACCAGGCUGCAGGCGGGUAGUCGACGCAAGGAUUCCACUUAACUGCCGGACAGUUGACCGAGUUCUCUACCAAGAGAUCUUCCUGUGCUUCGGCGUCCUCGUGUGGAGGCGCGGCCAGUGUUCCAUAAAUCGUAAAGGAACUCACUAGCGGUUCGUUGUCGUUUCUUGGAAUCGUUACCCACAAACCUGAUACCUCGAGCUGCACUGACCUUUUUGAACGCUACGAAGCUCGAGCCGUUCCUGGGUCCGGAAAUGAUGAGGGCGCGACGCGUGCCAGAACGACCAAAGUGGUUUCAACAACCUGUGGACAGGGUGUCCACGUAGCGUGUAGCACAACCAGAUAAUGUGAUUCUUUGCGCGAAGCUUCAUGACAUUAAGGGAUUCUUGUUUGAUUUUCUUUGCCGGCUCGAUCUAGGUUCUGCGCUAUCAAUCGCGAAACGACAAUGUGUGUUAAGAAAAAUUUGAAGAAAGACAUUUAACGUAGAGACUAAUAAAAGGGUGUAUGCAACGCAUCGGAGAAGUUUGCAAAGUAGAUUUGAUCAAAAAGCGGAGUCUGGUAAGAAAGAAAUUUCAUAUAUUUUUCACCUUCGCGCGAGGAAUCACGGUUUUUCCCCCUUAGCGUUGUACGAUGCAGAUUCAAGUCAGAGCGCGACUUCUAUUAGAUGAUGGACGCUACAGAAGGGAAACCUAUCUUGCACCGAGACUUAGAGAACACCCUGUAUAUACACAGGAUAUCCUGGCUAAAUGGAAUUACCAGUAUAUCUGCAUUUCUUUAUCGUUGUACGAAUAAACUUCUUAGGAAGUUGCUCUUCAAAUAAAUGAGCCAGAUAUAUUUAGAUGUUCCCGUUUAUCUGGGACACCUUGUGUAUUCGAACUACUCUCAGUGUCGGCACUUAUACAUUGUACAUAGACGCGGGCGUAUUCUUUUAUUAUGCCAUUGUCGCGGCGAUUUCCGCGGCCCGAACUUAUUUAUUACAAUAUUGUCCCAUACAGCCUCGCUAAUUAGUUAUAAUAGCGGAUUCGUUCACACUAAAGCCGCUCGUCCUGUUCCGCAUUGUAACGCAAACGGACGGUGUACGUGUAGUGAUUAUAUUCGCAUAAAUGUUGAUGUUUAUACAUACACCAUCGUUCGAGACUCGGACAAUAUUCAGACAAAUAUUUUUCGCGGAGGACUUUUCGCAAGUUCCCCAAGUCGAUUUUAUUUAUGGAGUUGUUUCUGAGCUCUUGAACGAUGGUGUGUACAUACAAAUAAAUAGCUAUAGAUAGACAUGUAGAUACAACAUAUAUCCUCUUUGUUCAGCCAAAGAAUUCACUAAAGAAGAUUUUCGUUGAUCCAAGACAAUGAGAAUCAUUUUUGGACGCCCACUUUCGACGAAUGCUUCUCUCUUUCUCUGAUACAACCAUUCAGCGUGGUCCAAAAUGAAUUUAGUGGUUCUUGGCUGACACAUGCACCAUAUACUUGACGGUACAAAUGGAGUGUUACAAUUCGUUCGAUUCUCUUUCCCUGUCGUACAGGUUAAAAAGGGUUCCAAGAAAUUUGCAACACUUUAUUUGGUAUGCCCUGUAUAUGAGCCACUCGUUUGCCAAGUCGAUCAACAUAGAGAAAAAUGAUACCAUAAAAUUACAAUUCCAUAGAACGUAAUUAAUCAAGGAAGUUGACCGAUUUGGCAAGUGGAUGGCUCAUAUAUUAGGUCGAGUCACAAAUCAUUUCAAUUUUAGUAAAGCGACUUUAUUUAUCACUAGAAUAAACAACAAAUAAUAUAUUCGCAACGACUUUAAUGCGAUGAACCGUUCGGAUGAUAUACUCGACAUUACAAUUCGUAGAAACUGAGAAUUGUUUCUGACUCGACCUAAUAUGUAUAAGUAUACGCAUUACGAUUGUAAUUAUACGCGAGUCGUGAGACUGUUCGAACGAUCUAAGAUUAGACAAUGAUCACGCGGACACCGUGUAUAUCGUCGCACAAACGCUUUUGUAACACACGGAGCGAGACUCACCCGAGAACAUUGUGUACUAAAGAGAAAGAAGAGGAUACAUAAAGCGACUGGUAACAGUUUUAAUACCGACAACGAUUA